AACUCUUGUUAUUUAAAAGCGAUCACAACAGUAAAAAGUUGAUUCAGUUGAUUUCUCAUUAUCUUCAUUUAAUUGUCUCAAACUGUUGAAACAGAAAUCAUGUAUCUCUACCUGUUCAUGUUAAUCACAGUUCUAAUUUCAACUGGACAAUCAAAAAAAGUAAAUGGACCUUGUCCAAUAAAAAUCAAAGAUAUUGAAACAAUUGACACCGAACGAUACCUAGGUAAAUGGUACGAUAUUUACGUGGACCCAAAUCAACGCAAUUGUCCAAAAGUUUUGAACUGUACAUUGAAUCUGUAUCGCAGUUACAUGGAGGACAAACAUGUAUUCAAUGUUAAUUACUAUUCGUUGGAUGGUCCAUACAAAGUAUUUUGUUCAUUUGGACUUUACCAAUAUGAUUACGAUGUUGAUGCAAAACUUUUCGCCGAUGCAUACAAUAAUCCAGUUUACAUUUUGGACACUGAUUAUGAUAAUUACGCUGUUGAGGUUGGAUGUUUAGCCAGUGACGAUGAAAAAACUCACGAAGAGAGGAUUGUUAUUCGAUCUCGAACCAAAUCAAUGGACGAUGAUUUACUUGGACAAUUGAAGAGAAAAAUUGUCGACUUUGGUUUCGCUGAACCAGAGUUAAUUGCUCAGGAUUACAGUUCGUGCCCCGAUUAUGAACCUUGGAUUUAAUCAUUUCGAUCUGAUUAAUAUUAUUGAUUAUAAAGAUACAAUAUACUCACAA